AUGGUUGGAUUUGGAAGGAUCGGUCGUUUGGUCGCUAGGGUGGCCUUACAAAGAGAUGAUGUAGAGCUUGUUGCCGUUAAUGAUCCUUUCAUCACAACUGAUUACAUGGUUUAUAUGUUCAAGUAUGAUACAGUUCAUGGUCAAUUCAAAAACUGUGAGAUUAAGAAGAAAGAUGACAAAACCCUUCUCUUUGGUAAUAGCUCAGUCACGGUGUAUGGUACCAGGAACCCAGAGGAAAUUCCAUGGGGUGAGGCUGGAGCUGAUUUUGUUGUUGAAUCUACUGGAGUUUUUACGGAUAAAGAUAAGGCUGCUGCCCACUUGAAGGGAGGUGCAAAGAAGGUUAUCAUUUCUGCACCAAGCAAGGAUGCCCCAAUGUUUGUUGUUGGUGUGAAUGAGAAAGAAUACAAGUCCGAUGUUAUACAUGACAAAUUUGGAAUCGUUGAAGGUCUCAUGAGCACUGUUCACUCUAUUACUGCUACUCAAAAGACUGUUGAUGGACCAUCAAUGAAGGAUUGGAGAGGUGGUAGAGCUGCUUCUUGCAACAUCAUUCCUAGUAGUACUGGAGCUGCCAAGGCUGUUGGUAAGGUACUACCAGCCCUUAAUAACAAGUUGACAGGAAUGUCAUUCAGAGUUCCAACUGUAGAUGUUUCUGUUGUUGACCUCACUGUUAGACUUGAGAAGGGAGCUACUUAUGAUGAAAUUAAAGCUGCUAUGAAGGAAGCAUCUGAGGGAAGUUUGAAGGGAAUUCUUGGUUACACUGAGGAUGAUGUUGUGUCUACUGAUUUUGUUGGUGAUAACAGGUCAAGCAUUUUUGAUGCAAAGGCUGGAAUUUCAUUGAACAACAAUUUUGUGAAACUUGUCUCUUGGUAUGACAAUGAAUGGGGCUAUAGCACACGUGUGGUUGACUUGAUUACACACAUGGCCUCAGUUCAAUAA